GAAAAUGAAUUAUAUUAGAAAGAGAAAGCCAUUUAAAAAAUUUAAGACAAUUAAUUUGAUGUAUAGUGUCAAUAUCAUAGUGAUAGUGAUAAUUGCCACUAAAAAAAUCCACUUCGCGCGAUGCAUCUCUUCUUCUCAACUUUCCCCCAUUGAAACCCUCGAGAGCUUUUCUGUAUCGAGCUCAUUCCUCGCUCUUUACCAGAUCUAAGCUCUCAUCUCAAUUUCCCCUCACUGUUCUCGUUUCCCUCUGAUCUCUGAUGUUUGUACUGAUCGGUGUUUUUCAUUGAAGGGGGAGGCCAAAUUACAACGCUAAACGAAGCAGGAGCACCACCUCUUCCCCCCUUGUGACCGCAACCAUCACCGAGGAUCAAACUAAACUACAUCUGUAUACCAUUAUGGCUAGGACAAGUAACCGCAGGUUUUUUAAUGAACAACAUCAGGAUGAAGAUGUGCUGCCUUAUAUACUUCAAUUAAUACAAGAAGAGAACAACUCUCAAUCUGAAGCACAUAGUGCUGAAUCUAAUGAAUUGAGCAAUUCAGCUAGAACUAAUGAUGAACUAAAUGAUGAACCAGGUUCUUCAGAAACAAGAAAAGUUCGUGGGCCUACCUUAUUGAAAGAUAUAUGGAAUAUGCCUGAAGGGAAGACAAUUGAUGUGCGAUUCAAUACUCGUAAUCAAGCUAUAGGAAAGGAAGGUCGAAAGCUUGCUAGCUUUCUAGGAAUUAUAGCUAGAAAUCCACAAUUAACACCUUUAAACAUAAAAGAUUGGAGAGCAUUUGAUAAAAAUGAAAAGAAUAAAUUGGUGGAGCUUGUGAGGAAAAAGUUCUCCAUCCCAAAACACGGUGAGGAGUUUGUCAAGAAAUCACUGGGGAAGAAAUGGAAGGAUUACAAAUGUGAUUUAAAGAAUAUGUAUAUGACAAUGUAUAAGACCAGAUAUAACUUACUGAAAAAUAGACCCAAUCAUAUACCUAGCGACCAAUGGACUGAUUUGGUCUCUUAUUGGCUUUCUGAUAAAGCAAAGAAGCGUAGCCAGGCAAAUAAAAGCAAUAGAACAAAGCAAAUCAUGCCUCAUACUGGGGGAUCCAAAAGUAUUGGAACGCUAAUGGAUGAAAAGGCCAAAGAUGGGAUAGAGCCUACACUAGCAGAAGUUUUCAUGUUAACUCAUAAGAAACGCAAAGAUGGUAGACCACUAGAUGAGGAGUCUGCAAAAACAGUGGAUGUGAUACAAGAAAAGUUGAACAACGAAGGGACCAUUAAUGAACAAUCUGAUGGUAGUGUUGCCUGGGAAGGGGAUGUGUAUACCCAAGUGUUUGGACCUGAAAGAAGUGGUUAUAUUCGUGGUUUAGGACUUGGUCCAACUCCUUCUCAAUUAUGGGGUAGUAAAUCUUUGUCAAGGAAUAUCUCUAUGGACAAUAUAGAGCAAGAGAUGAAAGAGUUGAAGGAAAAGCAUGAUGAAGAAAUUAAGCAAAUGAAGGAGCUAAAGGAAAAGCAAGAUGAAGAGAUGACCAUGAUGAAACAAAAUCAAGAAAGGUUGUUCUCAGAAUUAUCUUACAUGAGACAAGUGAUGUGUAAAUUUAUUCCUACAGGGUCAUUGAUGCUUCAUAACCUUGGCGGAGGAGGCUCAUUUGAACAAGUCCCACCUGAUCCUAACAAUGGCCAUGAACAAGCACCCCAAGCACCACGCAAGUCAUCCCGAUUGCGCAGUGUUGUUUGAAAUAUUGAAGAUCCUCAUGGGCACACUUUGAUUUUGAGAAGUCAAAUUGUGGAAGAUUUCACUGGGAUUGAGCGUUGUAGAUUUUGUUCAUGAAUUGCCAAGAUCAAGUUGUUAGAUAAAAAAGGAUAAGUACAUAUUAGAUUUGGAUAUUAUUAGUACGCUUUAUGUUUUGAAACUCGGGAACUUGUAAUCAGUGUUUUAAAACUCGGCUCGGUCAUCGACUCGGUCGGGGUACUGAGUCACUGGUCGGACCAGUGGGUCAUUGGUUUGAUUGCUUGACUCGGUGUAUAUUUAAAAAUCAUGAAAAGUGUCCAAUGCAAUAUAUAUUUAAUAUAUAAUUAAUAAAAUCCGUCUCCAAUCAAUAA